AAUUUAGAAGGAUUGAGAGAGAAAUAUUCUUAAUUUUGCUUGGGUCUUAAUUUUUGAAAAUUUUGGGAGAGUGAGAUGGUUCUGUGCGAAAAUUCUGUGCCAAAUUGGCGCUUUCAAUACCCUUGCAUAGAAUUUUUUGAUCUCCUCAAAGCAGGCCCAGGAACAGAGUCCGGUCUCUUCAGCCUGUUCCUUCCAUGCUUCCUUCCCCUUUGGCUCCUCCCCUUCAUAAAUUUCAAUGAAUUUGAAUUUCUUAUCAUGAAUGGAAGAAUAUGAGACAAUGAUGAUUUAAUAUAAUCCAGCGAACACCUCUUGCUGAUGCUUACCACGUAUAAGCGCUUCCCCCGACACAGCUCCCUAAUUAUUUUCAGCUCUUUAAUCCUUUCAAUCAUUCUAAAUCUAUAAUU